AUGGCGACGAGUACCAAUAGCAGCAACAGCAGCCAGCCAUACAAACCAUACCGUCACUUCAAAACAUUAACGGCGCACAAUCUCGCCGUCUCCUGCGUCAAAUUCUCCAACGACGGAACACUUCUCGCCUCCGGUUCCCUCGAUAAAACCGUAAUCAUUUGGUCCUCCGCCACACUCUCUCUCCUCCACCGCCUAACCGGCCACUCCGAAGGAAUCUCCGACGUCGCCUGGUCGUCCGAUUCCCACUACGUCUGCUCCGCCUCCGACGACCGUACCCUCCGCAUCUGGGAUGCCAACGGCGGUGACUGUGUCAAAAUCCUCCGUGGCCACACACACAUCGUUUUCUGCGUCAAUUUCAAUCCUCAGUCCAAUUACAUCGUCUCCGGCUCCUUCGAUGAAACCGUUAGGGUUUGGGAAGUGAAGACUGGGAAGUGUAUCCAUGUUAUCAAAGCUCACGACAUGCCUGUUACUUCCGUUCACUUCAAUCGCGAUGGUUCUCUUAUUGUUUCCGGUAGUCACGAUGGGUCUUGCAAGAUUUGGGACACAAACGCCGGUGCUCUCUUGAAGACUCUGAUUGAUGAUAAGCUUCCAGCUGUUUCGUUCGCCAGAUUCUCACCUAAUGGAAAAUUCAUACUCGUUGCUACUCUCAAUAAUACCCUUAAGCUAUGGAACUAUGCUACUGGGAAGUUUUUGAAAAUAUAUUCCGGCCAUGAGAAUAAAGUGUACUGUGUAACUUCCACAUUUUCUGUGACAAAUGGGAGAUACAUUGUCAGCGGUUCAGAAGAUCGGUGUGUUUAUCUCUGGGAUCUUCAGUUGAGAAACUUGAUUCAGAAACUCGAAGGCCAUACAGAUACUGUAAUAGCUGUUUCCUGCCAUCCAAGAGAGAACAAAAUUGCUUCUGCUGGUCUUGAUGGUGAUAGAACUGUGAGGAUUUGGGUGCAGGAUUCUUGA